CUACACAAACCUUCCAGUCAUCCAUAUUACUGCUGCGAGAGUGUGUGAAGGAUUCUGCUCUACUAAACAAGAUCAAAGGUCUGAGAGUGGAUACAGACAGAAGAGCUGAAAGCAACACUCUGUUUUCAUUCUCAGGAUCUCCAUACUCUCUGCUUCACAAUGUAUGGUUUAAUAAUUCCAGUCAGGAUGAAGAUGAGGAACUUUUAUCAUCUGACGACUCUGUUGAUGGACUCACAACUCAUACUGAUUCAACAUCCAGUUCGCCCACUGACUCCAGCGUUACCAUAACGAACAGCAUCAACACUCUGCAUGCUGGUGAGGAUCAGGAGGAAUCAUUUGACUCUUUUGAGUUUGAAUCAGACUCUACAGCAUCUGAACAAGACUCUCCAGUCCAAGACAAAUUACCCAUCUAUAGUCCACAGGACGGGCCGUUUCCCUUCAGCAAUGAAGAAACAUCCACAGGGAUCAGACAUAUGUGGUGUAACAAGUCAGAGGAAGAAGAGAAAGAGAAAUUCAUCCCUACAUCCAAAAGUGAGACAGAGAAAUAUAAAGUGAGUCGAACAUUAAGCUUUCUCAGGAGCCGGAUGGUCAACACCAAAAUAAAAAACAAGGUAAAUGCAGAGGUUUCCUCAGCUUUGCACCAGCUCUGCCUACCGCAGCAGCCUGUUAAAGCAGCUUGUGUAGUCUGUGAGGGAGCUGACAGUGAUGAACCGCUGCAGUGCACAUACUGCUCCAUGAUCAUUCAUAAGACCUGCUGUGACUCUGCACCUCUGUGUGUAAAGAAUCCUCACCAGGCACUUCUGAAAAGCGCUGACUCUUCAAUAUUACUAUACUCGUCAAGUCAUAGUUCUCCAUCUCUGUCUCUGGUCAAUGACACCACGUCACACAGAAAGCGGAGUAACAGUGAGGGGUGUGGCCAUGAUUUCACUCUACGCAAAAGCAAGUCUUUUAUUGGUCGUUCUUCUGGAAGCCCCACCUCCAAUUCUACUGAUUCUUCAGCUCACAUAUCAUUUGACUACUCGGCUGAAUCUUGGAGCGCUGUCGUGGACAAUGAAUUUAGUAGGACACUGGACAAAAAGGUGAUCAAGAGACAGGAGAUCAUCUAUGAGCUGAUGCAGACAGAAUUUCACCAUGUCCAGACUCUCUCUGUUAUGGCUGAUGUUUUGAGGCGGGGACUGUUGGAGGACGUGCAGCUGGAGCAGGACGUGAUUGCUCAGAUGUUCCCCAGGCUGGAUGAGCUCUUAGCUUUGCAUAAAAACUUUCUUAUAGACAUGGAGAACAGACAGCGGACGUCUGUUCACCCAGGAAUGCACAAGAACUACAUCAUACGACAAAUUGGUGAUAUUCUGUGUCAGCAGUUUGCAGGCCGAAAUGCUUCUCAGAUGAUAGAGCUGUACGGUGAUUUCUGCAGUCAGCAUCCAGAAGCACUGAAAAUGUAUAAGCAACUACUACAGAGCAACAGGAAACUACAGUUAUUUCUCAGACAGCAGAGUAACAACUCUGUCAUCAAACGCCGUGAAAUCCCUGAAUUCCUGUUGCUUGUUACUCAGAGAAUCACAAAGUACCCUGUUCUGGUAGAGAGACUCCUUCAACACACUGAUGAUGGCAGUGCUGAGCGCUAUGAUAUUGCAGUGGCACUGGAGGGUCUUCGGGGAUUGAUAGAGGAGGUGGAGCGAUGUGUGGGAGAUUACCAGUGUGCAAAGAAACUCCAAGAUAUCAUAAGUCGCCUAGACAACAAGAGUUGCACUCGCCUGAAGAACGGCGAGAUCUUCGGCAAGCAAGACCUGCAGAAAACACACCGAACUCUCACACACUCUUCAGCGCUGACUUGUAGGACCACCUCUGGCAGACUGAGAGAUGUUUUUGCGCUGCUCCUCACAGAUGUUUUGGCUUUCCUUCAGGAGAAAGAGCAGAAGUUUGUCUUUGCUGCACUGGAGCAGAAGCCGUCUGUGAUGCCCUUGCGAAGGCUCAUUGUGAGGGAAAUAGCCAAUCAGGAGAGAGGAUUAUUUCUGAUCAGUGGUGAUUGCUCUGUAGGGCCUGAGAUGUACGAGAUACACACACAAACUCGUGAGGAACGCAACACAUGGAUGACACUGCUGAGACAGGCUGCUGAUAGCCUUCCUGAUGAUCAGACUAAGAAGAAUGAGGGGGAACUCAAAGUCAAAAAGAUACAGAAGUUACAAGAGAUGCUGUUUUCUCUGGACCUGCGGCUGUGCUCUGUUAUUGAGGAGAAGUUAAAGAUCUGUAGAGGGACUGGUAGAUGGAGUCUGGCUACCUGCCGCCUUCUCGUUCAGCCACACCCUGAAAACACCCCUCAAGGUGUCGCAUUACUGUCUGACGCACAGGAAGAGGUGGUGAAGCUGGCUAUCACUUUGUUGACUUGGCUUUUUCCUUGCAUAUGGUCACCAAGUAAACAUGACAACUUAGGCCAGGAAAGAGCAAGCCAUAAUGAACAAAAUUUGGCAAGUCGGAGCAGGAGGAGUGCUUUGGUAGGAACAGGGGUGGGGCCUCUCACAAUAGCCCCUAUAAGCCCCGCCCACCAGACUUAUUUAAAGGUAGCGGAGGGUGUUCACAACUUAAUCCACAUACUCUACAGUCUGCAGGCUGCAAUAAUAAUCCAAGACAGCUGCUUUGAGGUUCAAAAUCUCCUCCUCCUCGAGGGAGAAGCUCCGCCCCCAACUCUUACAAGUGAUCAUGAUGUCAAAAGGCAGAGUUUGGAGUGUGGCAUGGUCAAGGGGACAGAGGCUGUGCAGCAGAAAGAACUGGAGCAGAGAGAAAAAGAGCAUGCUGAACUGACAGACAGACUGGCGAAAGAAAGAGCAGUUUGAGGAGGAGCUGCGGCUGUUUGAGGAGAAGACGAGGAAACUGAGAGAAGAGGAGAAGAGAGUGAAGGAAGAGAGAGAAAGAUUAAAGGAAGAGGGGAAGAAAGUGCUAAAAGAGAGGAAGAGUCUGGAGACACAGAUAAGACUCAUUCAACACAAUUCAAAUCAUCGGCAAGGCAUCUUGCCUUCUAUCAUAUCACUGGAGAAAUGAUAUGUGUGUGAUAUGAUAUGAGCAUUUAUAUGUAUGUAUUAAGUUUUUAUGUGUUUUAGUGUUAAAGAGACAUUGCUGUGUUUUACUGGCAGAGUUGGAGACAAGAUCUGACCUUCAAGAGCAAGACCAGGCUGUUCAUUUGAAAGAAG